AGUUUAUAGAAACAUGGCAAAGGUUGAAGACUGGAAAAAAAAACGCAGAUACCCAGAAGAGGUAAGAGCAGCAGGCGUAGAAACAUCCAAGAGGCCAUCAGGCCACCACCCCGGUGAAGUGCUGCACCAGAGACGCAAGCUUCCCGUUCCCAUGACUACCAUGCUCAUCGGCGGUCUCCUCAUCACUGCCGCCAUAGGAUAUUCAGUGUUGUACUCCAGAAAAAAGCGUGAAGCUAGUGCUCUUGAUGUUGCCACGGUGGCCACAGGUGUUGCUGAACCCAGUGAUACUCGCCCCGGGAAGUAGCAUGUAUA